UUUCAGAGCUAUUCAAAAUGGCUCCAGAAGCAGACGACGAUUACCUGCAGCAGGUCAAAAGUUUGAACUAUUAUUACUGUUUGGUGAAACAGCAAAUAUUGAUUCACCAGAGCCCUGCAUUGGGAUUAUUUCCUGUCAACACAGAUACAAAGGUCAAAGAGGCAGGGGUCAGAGAGAGUGUUUACUCUGCCAUUGCUGUCUGGGCUCUAGCUCUCGCAUACCGAAAAGUUGAUGAUGAUGAUGGGAGGACAUAUGAAUUGGAGCAAAGUGCAGUAAAAUGUAUGAGAGGUCUGUUGUAUUGCUUUAUGAGGCAGGCUGACAGGGUGGACAAAUUUAAGAAUGUGCAGAGUGAGGAGUUUGCACUGCAUUCUCGCUAUGACCUGAACACAGGAAACACCCUACCAGAUAACUACCACCAUCUACAGAUUGAUUCUAUCUCACUCUAUCUUCUAUACUUGGUUCAGAUGAUUAAAUCAGGUCUUCAGAUUAUUUACACCCUAGAUGAAGUGAGUUUUGUACAGAAUCUUGUCUUCUACGUGGAGAGAGCGUACAGGACCCCUGACUUUGGGGUAUGGGAGAGAGGAAGCAAGUACAAUACAGGGAAGAAGGAACUUCAUGCAAGUUCUAUUGGUAUGGCCAAGGCAGCGUUGGAGGCGACUAACGGCUUUAAUCUAUUUGGUAAAGAAGGCACAUCUUGGUCCAUCUUGUAUGUUGAUCCUGAUGCCCAUGCCAGGAACAGUACUACUCUGGAGAGUCUCUUGCCCAGGGAGAGCAGUUCAAAGAACACAGAUGCUGCUCUCAUUGCGACUGUCAGCUUUCCAGCAUUUGCCCUGGAUGAUGAAUGCCUGGCAGAAAUCACCAUCGAUAAGAUCAAGCGAAAACUGCAAGGGAAGCACGGCUUCAAGAGGUUCCUCAGGGAUGGUUACGGGACGGUCCUUGAAGACAAGAAUCGAAAGUACUACAAACCCACCGAAGUAAAGUUGUAUGAAUCAAUAGAGUCUGAGUGGCCACUAUUCUUCAUCUUCAUGAUGUUGGAUGGAUUAGCAAAGAACAAGAGCAACCAGGUUGAGGAAUAUUACAAUCUACUCAAACCUCUCCUCAAACAAACAAAGUAUGGAAUGAUCGUGCCAAAGUACUACUACAUACCUAGAGGGUGUAUAGAAGGAGAGAGAGUGCAGCCAGGUAGCCAGCAGAGGAUCGCUAGUACAGAGGGCGAAGGAAACAAUGUAUUCCUAUGGGGGCAAUCUAUGUACAUCUUAUCAUGUCUUCUAAAGGAAGGGUUGGUGGAGAUGAGUGAGCUAGACCCUGAGGGACGAUAUCUUGGCUCAUCACUCUGCAAACGAUAUAGACACAACACAAGGCACUCGGCAUUUGAGAUGACUACAAAGGACAUGACUGUUCAGAUGGUGUUCAUAGCAGAGAGUACUCGUCUUCAAACUACACUGGCUACGUACGGCAUCCAGUCACAAACUCCAACCCAGAUCGAGCCUAUCGAGAUUUGGUCACCGUCUGAACUCAUUAAGGCUCUCGCUUUUCUUGGUCAGAACAAGAAGCUAGGAUUGACAGGGCGGCCUAACAGACCAAUAGGAAUCAUCGGCACAUCCAAGAUUUACCGUCUCCUUGGCAGAACUGUUAUCUGCUACCCUCUACAGUUUGAUCUUAUGGAUUUCUAUAUGUAUCAGGACAUCAACUUUCUUGUGGAUGAUAUAAAGAGCCUGGUUGCAUUUGUGAGGAAAAGCUGGAACUACGUUGGAAGACCAACACUCUGUCUGGUGAUAAGGGAAGAGCACUUUAUGGGUUCUGAAGGUAAUGCCAUGCUGGAGAUGCUUGCAUCCUUCAAGAGAGGGUCCUGCAAUGGAAUCAGAGUCAAGGUGGACAGACUACAGACCCUGAUAGCUUCCUCAUCGGUGGAACACCUAGACUUUCAGAUGCCGGAGGGAAGUGCUGCCAACCUGCUUUUCAAACCUUUAGAGGAACUUAAUGUGGAUCAUCUUCCUUUCAAGGCUCUCAAGAAAGCAUGCUCAUACAGUUCAGUCUUCCAACAAGAAGAGCGCCCUCUGAACAUCAAGGAAGUGGAGGUGAAAUCCACUUGGGAGGUUAUACAAGAGCUAGAGAGUAGGUCAUUGUUGCAAAAUCAGGCGGAGAUUCUUAGCUUGCUGCUAGACAGAGAGGGACCAAACUUUGUCUUUGAUGGAGCAAAUGUUGAUGAACGGAUGUCUAUUGUCUAUCAGAAGGCUCGUAUCAUGAAGGAUUGGUCUACUGUGAGGUAUUGUGCAAGUAUCAUGAGAAAGGUAGUAGACAGCCUUGCUCCGUCAGUCACCUCUUUGCUUGCUAAUGGCAAAUUUAUCACGGUUGGUGUGUUUGGGCAUGAGGAAGAGCUUAUUAGCCGUCCCAUCAACCCCAGCGAGAUCAAGAGCAUCAUCUUUGACCGUUGCCAGCGUUACAACGUCCGAGAGGCUGUCAUGCAGCAGGAGAUGAUUAUUGCUUUGGGCAAGCUCAUCUUCACAAGAAGAGAACUUUUCCAGAGUGUACUCAAGAUACGAGUAGGCUGGUUAUUGCAUGCCAUGAAGUCUGAGCUAGAGAUCACAUGGAAAGAAACAGUGCCUAUUCAUAGUCUCUGUCCCUCGCGACUCAAGGAUCUCCUCUGCCAUGUCUUAGAGGUCAAGAUGACCACCCUUAGUAACAGAACCUGGCUCCAGAGACGGCAGUUUAGCGGUGCUCUUAACAGAACCCCAGUCCGCUUCUAUGACAAGGUCUGGAAUAUAUUGGGGAGGACUCCAUCUGGGCUGAGCAUUGCAAACUACUACCUCCCACAGCAACCCACGCUGUCUGACAUGACCCAGACAGACCUGAACUUUGCCCUUCGCAUUGAGGAGAUGUUUGGACGUAUAUCCCAUCCAGAGUAUCGACAGCUCAUGGUAGAGCUUCUAUCUGUUGUUGCGACGAUCCUUGAAAGGAAUAGAGAACUGCAGUUUCAACACACUGUCAACAUGGACGCUUACAUCCAUGAAGCAUUUGGUCUGUACCGAGCGGACCAUAUGAAAGGAUCAAACCAUAAUCCAGAUGACCUGACACCGUUCUACAACCUGCCUCUUUCUGGAAAGAAAAGCACCUCCAACUACCUGGCAAGGGUAGUUACAAGUCAUCUUCUGGAUUCUUCCUCAGCCAUCGGAGGAGCGGGUGAAGAUUCUUGUACCGUAUCGUAAAAUCAAGCUACAAUCCAAAUGACCUGACAUUGUUCUACAACCUGCCAAUCUCCUGAAAGAAGAGCUCCUCUAAAAAAUACCUGGCGAGGCUUGUUACAAGUAAACUUCUUGACUCUUCAUUGGCCGUUGGAGGAGUGCGUGAAGAAUCUUGCUCUGUGCCCUAAAUCAAACCACCAAUCCUGAUGACCUCACCCCGUUCUACAACCUGCUUCUCUCUGGAAAGAAAAGCACCUCCAACUACCUGGCAAGGGUAGUUACAAGUCAUCUUCUGGAUUCUUCCUCAGCCAUCGGAGGAGCGGGUGAAGAUUCUUGUACCGUAUCGUAAAUUCAAGCUACAAUCCAAAUGACCUGACAUUGUUCUACAACCUGCCAAUCUCCUGAAAGAAGAGCUCCUCUAAAUACCUGGCGAGACUUGUUACAAAUAAACUUCUGGACUCUUCAUUGACCCUGUUCUACAACCUGCUUUUCUCUGGAAAGAAAAGCACCUAAGUCAUCUUCUGGAUUCUUCAUCAGUUGGCGGAGGAGCAGAUAAAGAAUCUUGUUCUGUAUCCAAGUAUCUAUCCACACUCCAGAUAACCAGACACUGUUCUACAACACUAUUCUACAACCUCUCUAGGGAAAUAGAGCAACUCCAACUACCUGGAGGAGCCGGUGAAGAAUCUUGCUCUGUAUCCUAAUAUCAAUCCACACUUCAGAAGACUCAACACCGUUUUACAACCUGCCUCUCUCUGGAAAAAGAGCUCCUCUAACUAUCUGGCAAGGAUAGUUACAAAUAGUCUUCUGGAUUCUUCACCAGCAUUUGGAGGAGUCGGUGAAGAAUCAUGCUCUGUAUCCUAAAAUCAAUCCACAAUCCAGAUGACCUGACACCGUUUUGCAACCUGCCCCUCUCUCUCUGGAAAGAGCACCUCCAACUAUCUGGUGAGGCUUGUUACAAGUCAUCUUUUUGGCCUAGUCAUUGAAGAGUCUGUGCUCUGUAUCAUAGAAUACAAUCACUGUUUGGUUUUAUUCUAGAAAUAAUCAUUUCUACAUGUGUGGAUCAUUUUAUAUUUCCUGGAAUGUUUAUGACUUUUUAGGCUCAUAACCUGCCAAUGGAACAUUACGUUUGUUGCUGCCAUUUAUCAUGGUGAAUUAUUCAUCCAAGACUGUAUUUGGAGGUGAAGACUAGAUGUAUUUUCUAGAUUUUCCACCAGCCAGUUUACUGUUUUGCUCAACACAAGGUCUGUCAAAGAUUUGAUGUUUGAAGAGACUUGCUGUCCAAAAUUAUGUCUUGGGUUGGUUUUACCUAUUAUAAAAUCUCUUAUAUACCAUUUAAAACAUGGUCAAUACAUAACCACAUAAUCAGUUUUAUGAGGAAACACAUAGGUAAAAGCAUUGUAUUUGCCAAAGAUUAUUUACUAAUGCCUCCUAAAGAUGCAGAAAAAUGUGAAACUAGUGUGAAUUACAAAUAUAGUGUCUUUAGUUUGACACCAUAUUGUUACCAAUUGCAAGAAAGCAGAACUCAUGUACAAUAUAUUUAUUUAUCAAAGCUGUGUUAUAUUUACACUGUGUACAUAUAUUUUAAUGUGAUGUGUAACAAAGAGAUGCAAUAUUUAUUUUUUGUUGUUCAUAACUAUUACACAAGACUGUUGUUUCAGUUUAUACAAGGGAAUGUUUCAUAAAACCAUAUAUAAUUCAUGCAUGACUGAAACAUGUUUUUUGGUGUUAACCAAGUUUCUUGAUCAAUUCUUGAUACCGACAAUAACCAAAAGUUCUUGGAUGUAGCUCACGCCAUUUGUGUGACCCAGAAACUUCUGGAAGCUUGAAGGUAAGAAUAGUAGGCCUAUAUGGCAAGAGGGACAACAAAAGUAGUUUGAUGAGGGAGUUUUUAAUUCAGUUCCACUUUUUGAAACACCAGAAGAAAAUUUGGGAUAACUGAUUUAGCAUAAACAGCAUGUUCCAGUCAAGUCAUGCUCUGCUAUAUUUCUAUAAAACAACUCAAGGAUUGUUUUGAAGAAAUUACAGACAGUUUUGACAUCAUGUCAGUUGGUAAUCCUUGAUAGGCUGAUAAAUGUUUAUUAGAAAUGAAACUAUGUGCAUUUAUGUUCUGAAAGGUCAGGGUUUUAAUCCUACAUAAUAACAUUGUCAUAUCAUCAUACAGUAUUCAUGUCAAUAUCUAUAUAAAUUAAAAUAAUGAUAAUGCCUGAACUUUGUAGUCUGUCUUUUCUCUCUAAAAAGCAAGAUGAUGUAGCAAGAUUUCUUUUAUUUUUGUAGGGAUUUUCAUCCCAUUUAUUGUUGCUCCUCUUUCAUACCACCUCUUCAUUCCCUUUCCAACAUCACCUCCCCCCCCCCUCUCUCUCUCUCCUUAUACGUCCAUAUUCCCUUGUAAUAAUUAUUUCAAUAUACUACUAAAAAACACACUUGGCACUAUCUUUUCUCUCCCACUCGACGCUGAUGCCAACAAUGCACUUUUGAAAACUCCAUGUACUUUUUUCCCAUAUUUUUAUUUCAACAGUUUUUCAUAUUUUUUUUAAAUAUUCACAUUAUGUACAUACUAUAUACUCAUUAUCAUACAAAAUGUUUGGCCGAUAAAAACUACCAACAAAAACAAACAACCACUACACACAGAAAUGCCUGCAUAGCAAAUUAUCAUACUUCUGUUAAAAACUGGAU